UUGUUGCCAUGGAUACAGCUUUUAACGCAGGUUAACCGGCAACGAUCCCACAGCAAGGAAGCUCACAAGAAAACAGACGGAGGAUAAGUUUCAAGAUGACGCCCCUCCCCUGCGGUUGAAUUGUUCCCCAUAUUACCAGCUCAGAUCCAGUUACGUCUCCAGUGGCUCAGCAUCCAGGAUCCAGUUAGACCAGACUGGAAACAUGGCGGCGAGCCCACGGACACCUGCGGCUCCUCCUCCGACCAAAACCGUCACCGUCUACCGGAAUGGAGACGCUUUCUAUCCCGGGAAAAAAGUAGUGCUGAAUCCCCGGCAUCUGUCAACUUUCGACAACUUUAUGAACACUUUAACCAGACACGUGGAGGCUCCGUUCGGCGCCGUCAGGAGGCUGUACACACCCACGAAGGGCCACAGUGUCCAGGAGCUGGAUCAGCUGCAGCACGGAGGCUCCUAUGUUGCAGCGGGGAAAGAACCCUUCAAGGUCCUGAACUACUGUGGGAUAGCCACCAUAGAGCCGCAGAAAAGGAAAAAUAAUCCGAUUAAACCUGUACCUCACACCAGAGUAGUUGCUUCGUCUCGCUGGAGGAAAGUCAAGGAUGGGACUUGCACAAUAAAUGUCUUCAGCAACGGAGAGCUGCGGAUUCCUCCGGCUCGGGUCCGGAUCCCAAAGCACACUCUCAAAAACUGGGACCGUGUUUUAUCCAUGGUGACGCACAAAGUGGAGCUUCGAACUGGAGCUGUUUACAAGCUUUGCCGGUUAGACGGACAUCCUGUCAGCGGACCUUCUGAACUGGAGAACAACCAGCAUUAUGUGGCAGUUGGACCUGAAAAGUUCAAACCUCUCCCAUAUGAACGCAAAGCUCUCCUGCUAUCUGCUCGAAACAAAAGACCUGUAAAUAAUACGGUAUGCGAUAGAGAGGACCUUGAGCUCACAGUCGGGGGCAAGAUGAAGGAACGUGCAGCCAAGACGGAGCGAGUCAAACAGCAGAGGAAGGUGUCCAGAAAACCAGCACGCGUCACAGCAGGAGCCGACAGCGUAUUUAAUGCAAAAAACAAAAGAAGUGAGGUGGAGGGCGCGGCGGAGGUGCAGGAAGAGCCCCACCUGAAGGUGGACCUGCCCAUUGAUCAGGUUGAAGCACAAACAGUUGAAGAAGAGCACGAAGCCUCUACCUGCACUGCAAACAGGGAGAAUGUAGACGCCACGCGUCCAAAGAAAACGAAGGCUGCAGGUUUCAAGAAACAUGAGAGGCAGGAGGAGAAGGAGGCGUCGACCGGGCUCAGGGUACGGUCACGGAUGUCCCGCUUUUUCAAGGGUAGGUUCAUCAAAGCAUAAAGCCUGGGAGCAGCUCCAGUGGCGGGUCGUGGGUUCCCCUCCACAGAACCAUAAAGAGAGCUCUGAUACUCACCGCGUCACCAGAACCAGAACCAUGUCAGAGGACCUGCAGCUCCCUCUCUGCAGGGUUUACACCGGGCUUUAUGGGGACCAUCUGUUUGACUCGCACUGCAUCCCAACCUCACAUCAUUUAUCCUCCUGUUGUAACUUUUUCAGUUAUAACAAGAAAUUUUCCUCAUGUUACAUGUUAAAUAAUCUGCCAGUGGUUGAUUAUUUUACCACUAGGGAGUAAUUUUGAUACUUUUUAUCAAUAUUAAGGAAUGUUUUAUUUGAAACAAGCUUCUAUGUGUUGUUGAAAAGUUACUAAUAUGAGUUAGUUUUGUCUUAUUUCAAGUUCUAAGAUAUUUAACUAGAAACUUGAAGUACUUGAUAAGAUUUUGUCUUUUUGCAGUGUAAGCAUGACAAAAAA